GACCAUAGGUCGUGACACAACUAAUGACACAACAUAAAUUGAUGUGAUAAUGCACAUUGUCAGUAUGGAAAUAAACCAACAUGACUUGCGGGUCUCUAUCGUUUGUACUAAUUACCUUGGCGAUUUUCGCCUUGCUCGAAACUCUCGUGCAUGGAAACAACGUCGAAUUGCCCUUCGAUCACUCGUCCGAUCAGCGACAACGUUUACAAAAUGGCGAACAAGAAUUUCAAAGAAUUCGCUCGCGUGCCGACCACAGCGAGUGUUGGGAAGAAGCGAUUUCUCGGCUUCGGGUUGGCUGUAAACAUCUCACAGACGUCGAGCAAAGUCGACUCGCGAUUGCCUUCGCCAAUUGUCAUUUUGAGAAGUCUGGGCUAAGGAAAUAUCCGUGUAGCGAAAACGAUUCAAUCGAAGAGUGUACAAGAGACAUGGCCAAAAGCGUAUUGGCGUUCAACACUUAUACAGAAUUCUAUACACACACUUCGGAUAUUUGUUUUUACCUUCAGAGUAAAGUUUGGCAGCAGAAAACCGAGGAUACUAUCAACAAACUAUCAAGCACUUCAAACGUGGUCGCUAAUCAAUUAGAAGUUUCCUUGACCAAUCAACAAAAGGUCUUGGAAGGUCAAGAGAGUUCCCUGUCCAAUCAAGGAGAAAUUCUGAAGAACGAAGCCUACCUGAAAAGCGCUUUAAAAACAUCAGCAGAAAGUGCAAAGGAGGCAUUUUUGGAUAUGAAGAAAGCAACUGCCCAGCAGAAAGCUGUGCUGAUGGAGACCUUUGAUAGUCUGUUUAAGGGUGUCGAUAGAAUAACCAAACUUCAGUCCAUGCUUCUGGGAGAGUUCAUGACCCUACAUUCAUUAGGGUUUUACCUGGUGUCAAUCUUGGCAUGUUAUAUCAUAACCAGUGCCCCGAGGACAGCAGCCGCAAGAUUGUGGCUAUUCGGAGUUCUUUCAGCACAUAUUGUUAUUGAGAGGUUGAUUGUCAGAUGGAAUAUAACAGAUAAGGAAUCACAACAAUCUGGCACAACCACGGUAUGCAGUGGGUUUGUAAACCAUAAACAUUUACUUUAUUUACGAUUUUCUUCUGAUACCAUAAGUAGCAGAACCAGUAGAGGCUACCUGAUCGAGUCUGAGUGAGGGGCUAUAGCCCCCUAAAAAUAGAAGUGUGGGGCUAACCCCCCCUCCCCCCCAAAUAAAAGAUCAAAGUGGGAGAAUCAAUAUCAGAUUCUUCACUGCUUGAAAAAAUGACAUAGUUUCUGCAUGUCAAAUUUUCUCCCAGAUCCCCUAAUUUGUUUAGCCUCACCUAUAUACAAUUUAUUGGUCAAGGAGAAAGUAUUCAGACUUCUUUAAUUUUCAUCCUGUUUCUUCUAAAUUUUGCAUUAACAUAGAACAUAUCAUUCUUACAAAUCGUAUGUUUUUUGUUUUUGGAAUUGCUACUUUUUGGCGGGUAAAAUUACGUCACAAACUUGGCGCUAAAUAAGCUAUUAAUACAUGAUUUCAUUUAUCCAUUUAGUAGAGCAGACUAAGGGUAUCUUAAAACUGAAAUCAUUUUCAAAAUACAACCAUUUCUCCCGAAGAUAAGUAUAAUGAGUUUCUAAAAAAGUACGCCAUUUUGUUCUUUUUUUAGUAACAAUAUGGCAAAUUUUUCAACAUAUCGCUGUAUCUUCGCAAAAAUGGUCGUUUUUAGAAACAGAUCCCAGUCUUCUCUUCUAAAUGAAUUCAUGAAAUCACCAAUGGCUUAAUAUUUUAAUAUUUUUGACUUUUUGGUGCCAAGUUUGUGAUGUAAUUUACUGCCAAAAAUUAGCAAUUCCCAAAACAAAAAACAUACAAUUUGUAAGAAUGAUAUGUUCUAGGUUCAUCGGAAAUUUAGCAGAAACAGGAUGUAAGUUAAAGAAGUUGAAGCAUAUUUGUGCUUUUGCAUGCAUUUUUGACAGGCAUGUAAUCAUUUGGCAGAUACUGUAGUACUAGUAGCCUGUGGGCAGCCCCAUACAACGUAAACGAGGGGAGGGACUGCGAAACAAUGCCGAAUAGCUUGCUACGCCAGAAAUCGAAUGAGACACCAGGUAUGGUUCCAUGGUCUAAGCAGGUGCACUUUUUGCUACACCAGUCACAGCAAAGACAGCCUGACUGGUUUGAAUCAUGUGCAUCUCCAGGAAAAAGCUGACGAAUGAACUUUGUUCUACAACAUUCUGUUUCAACAAGCUCUUUAAUUUUGAUAUCACAAUGAGCCAUAAGAAGACCGUUGAAUAGGACAUAACAGAAACACUGUUUACCAUCUCUUCCCAACCUUCCAGUUUCUUGGACAAGCUUAUCUACUGUGGUUGAAGGGCCAAAGUGAAUGCUGCGAUAAACUCCCUUGCAGUUAAUGCCCAUUCCAAAUGCUAUAGUGCAUACGAGAAGGCGCAAGUGACUAUUAAAUUUUGUCAUUUCCUUGACAACAUGGGUUUUCACAGAAUCUGGACUUCCAGCAUGAAACAUUUGAACAAGGCAAUUCUCAUAAUCAGAGGAAUCUUUCAAAAAGUUGAUGCUUCCUAAAGCCACUUGGAACAUACGAUAAAUUAGUGAGCAUUGCUUUCUUGUUUGGCAAACAAUUAUACACUUAUCUGCAUCAAUUCCUUAGGCUUUCAACUCAUGCACCAAAAAUGCAAAAACGGUUUCUAAAGGCUGUUCUUUGUGCACAUACACAAACCUAAAACUAAUGUUACUACGUAGUGGUGGUUUUUCAAUUGAGUAUGUUGUGAGAGUACUCAAGUUUAGCAUUUUGAAUAUUGUAUUCUUAGUUGCUUUGGUGGCUGUUGCUGUAAAUAUGGCAAAUCUUGUUGAUGACAACAGCAAGGACUUGAGUUCACCAAGGUUGGUAUACCAUUGCCUAAAUGGUGCUGCCCGAUGAGAUGUGGACUGUCCCCUAAAAUUUGAACAUAAAAAUUUUGUCAGUAGAAAAUUAAUAUUGUGACAGACAAAGAUUGUUUCAGUAUAUGUACAGUAAAGGAGACACAUAUCAGGCUAUGUGGCUAACUUUUCAGUCCAUUUUCUGUUCACUUUAAUGUGUUAAUAUAAUAAUCUCUUUUAUACACUUACCACUGCACCAAACAGUGUGCCUCGUCAACAACGAUUGCUACGCACUGUUCGCGAAAUGUUUGUGAACUUGCUAACGUUCUCCAUCGUUUAUUUCCCAACAAACCUUCGGGUGUCGUGUAGAGCAAUGAAUAUACACCGUCCUCAAUAUCUCGUAUAAUCUCCUCCUCUUGUCCAUCAAAUAUCCCAGCAGCAGAGAUACUGAAGGUUUCGUUGACAUGCUUAAUUUGGUCUUGUAUGAGGGACAACAAAGGCGAAACAACAAGCACUGUACUUGUGCUAAUCACUUGGUCUUGCAAUACAUCCGUAAUAAUCGGUAUUGCUUGAAAAAUUAACGAUUUCCCGUAUCCAGUAUGAGCGCUGAAGAAUAAAUCAUUGCCUUUGAAAAAAUUUCGAAGAGCUUCUAUUUGGUCAUGAUAAAAAGAAUUUACUUUUAGAAGACAGCAAGCGAUAUUCACUGCUUCUGAAAACUUGUCUUCGUCAAAUAUAAUGCGUUCCUUGCAAUACGCCAUAUUGAAUUUACAUAUUCACGCCCCUGCAUAUUUAGCGUAUUAAUUUUCUUGCAUAAAUUAUUUUCCCCAAAAGCUGGAAAAGCGCGUAGCAAGCUAUUCGGCAUUGUUUCGCAGUCCCUUCCCUCGUUUACGUGGUAUGGGGCUGCCCGCAGGCUAUAGUACUAGUAGAAUGAGUUAACAAACUAGAUCACAUUGGGUAGCACUGCAAUCUCAUGGGUGUAACUUCAAUGCAUCUGUAAACAUAUAUCAGGCCUAACAAAUUAUCCUGAGUAUUUCCAGUUUCCUGAUCAACCUCAUUUAUUCAGACAACUCUGAUAUUUUUUGGAUGUGGUUGUGGGUGUCUGUUUACUUUUUUCAUUGCUUGCUCUAUAUUGUACAACAUGACACCAAAAAUGGUGCCCGCUGUCUCAGGUAAAUUACUUCUUGAAAUGUUUAAUAUUCUCUGUGACAAUGCCAACUGAUCACGGUUGAUAAUGGUCAUUGCUGACGAAAAAAAACUUUUCAAAAACAAUUUUCCCAACCUAUCCACCUAAUUUUUUGAGGAUAUGAAACCAGAACGACAGUUUAUUUUUCUUCGCCAACUUCGGCCUCAGGAUUUCAUGAUUAAAAUAUUGAAGAGUUUUGCCCUAAUACUCUACAGAAUUUACUGAAUGUUGCUGUCAUGGUAGAGUAGAUUACUUUUCACUAAAAAUGUGUUAGGUUUAUACCCACUUACGAUGUAGAUGCGUUAAUGUUAGAAGGUCCAUACCUUAAACUAUGAUACCCACUAGCUAUGUUUAUGUUUAACAGCUGUUUGACAGAUAAGUCUAGCCACUCUUCAGUUCAUUGACAUUUUACUUUUAUUUGCUUUCUCAUGUUAGGAAAUUAUUCAUGGUCAUCUUUGGAUAUUCAGAAAGAUAUUUGUCUUUGAAAGUUUUCUCAUUCUGGUUUAUUUUGCAACUAAGUACUGUGAUUAUGGUAGAGUCAAUUACAAUAUGUUAAGAGAUAUCCAGAUAGAGAUAAGGAAGCUCAAACUCAAAGGAACAGAUAUAGGAAAGUGCCUUACUGAUGGUAUCAAUAAAUCAUUUUAUUUGGAGGAAAAAUUCACUGACAGGUACAUGCUUAGCUCCCCAUAGUUUCUUAGUGAGCAAUCUACAGCUGACAGCUCACCUUAACCAGUUCAGUUGGCAAAUUUAAAAUUGAUCAUGGGGUUCUGGCCAAAAGGCUGAAAUGAGUGCACUUUCACUUGCUACUUGCUAGCACAUGUAACCCGUUUACCACAGUUUAUACUUAUAGAACUAGAGAUGUAACCGUGCAUGCAAGUAUAACCAACCCAAACACACAGUGUUGUAACGACCGCAAUUAUGAUCACAAUCAAGCACGUAUUUACCCACAGUCACAUCAAUAUUGUGGAAGGAAUGGGAAUUGAGGGUAGGAAUCAAUUUUAAUUAAUAGUUGUUUGUCUUCAGAUUUCUUUUCUUGCAUUGCAUCAUUUCAAUUAAUUUUGUCGAAAAUUAUGGUGUUCCUGCUAAAGAAGUGUAUUACAUAAAUUGGUGACUUUUGACUUAACAAAUAUAAAACAUUUUCCGUGUUGAUAUACAGUUAUAUCAACACGAGUGGAAUUGGGAAAACGAGAAAUUGUAUGGAAACACGACGCCCGAAGGGCGGAGUGUUUUCAUACAAUUUCGAGUUUUCCCAACUUCCACGAGUGUUGAUAUAACUAUAUAUCAAUACGGAAAAAAAGUUUUAUAUUUUUUUUAUAAUAUAGCAAUGUCAAAAGCCCGAAGGAUAAGAAAAAUUUCCGUGUUUACAAGCGACGGAAAAUUUCCCGUGUUGACAUCGAGUUAUAUCAACACGGCUCUUAGCCAAUCAGCGUUCAGACUUUACAAAUGCUAUAUUAUAAAUACCUUUAAGAACCAUUCUUUCCAGUUUGGUGCUGAUGAUCAGAUCUGUUUUUCACUCCCUAUCAUGCACUCUCGUUAGUGAAACCAGUGUUUUGCACACUUCUGCUUCCUACAAAAUUCACGGUCUGUGUACAGCACACACAGUCACAGUUGCCUAAUUAGCUAAUGUUUUCUUAUUUUUACAAAACAAGUGAAAAAACGAAUUCAUUUUUUACAUUGAGUCAUAAUGACUUAACAGUUAACAGUGUGCAGUGUGCACAAUGGCCUCAAAGCUUUCAAUAGACAAUACUAUCCAAAUAUAUACUGUAACUGUUGUCAACAACAAGCAGUUCCGAUAUAAAUAUUUUCUCAAAGAACCUUUAGUUGUCAUAUUCACCUGACUCUGUGUGCUGUUACAUCUAAGCUCUACACGCACAAUUAAACGCAAAUGGCCAUGUGGUAUUUGCAAUCUUGCAAUUACCGCACAAUUCACCAUCAAAAUCCGAGUACGAAGCGACCGUUACUGUCUUAAUGAUGCAUGAGUAUACGAAACGGUAAGAGUGUGUUAGCAUAUGAUUCCCAUGUCUACAAUUCUUGCGUGUAUUUGUUCAUGUUGUUCAUGCAUGUAUUUAAUAAUUCGAAACGCUGACGUUAAUCGUUAAUGGCCUGAGCCUUUGGAAGAUUUGAUAAUUCGCGUACUUUAAGGCGUGGUCAAACUGCACUAUACUCGAAGAACCGUCUAUAAUGUAAACCAACUUAAAAGAUGUACAAAUACUCGACGUUAGGUCACUUCAGGCAAAGGCCGCUUUCAAUACUACCUUAGCCUAUCUUAGGCGCCUUAGCCUACCUACUGUAAGAUUCCCUUAGCGACAGCACCUGGAACAUUUUAUUCUUACUCCAAGCCAGGAUGACUUCAAUUUUUGUUUGUUUCCUAUUUAGCAAUUCUAACUACCCAGAUGGCAAUUAUCCCGUCUUAUAUCAGUUAGCAAGUCUGGACCAAACAUGUCUUUCUGAAGAAGAUCUAUACACAGACGAUAGUUCCGAUUGCAAUGAAGAAGGAAGUGGAUCUGGGUCGGAAUCUGAAGAUCCGACAUUUGUUUUGGACAAUACUCAGGCUCAGGUAAGUUCAUGCAGAACUCAGUCUGUGUCCCACAGGCUACUGUAUAUAUCACUCUCGCUUGAUAUAGCACAAUCUCCUACUUCAAGCACGACAACGACGUUCAACGCAAAUAAAAAUAAAUAAAAUAAAAAUUUUAAAAGCAAAUCAAGUUGUUAGCAACCGUGAUUACCUUAAUCCUAAAUCCGAUAUCCUAACCUUGGCCCCUUAUACCUAAACCUAUAAUGCCUUCUAAGUUCUAACGCUGCGUUUAGAAAGCUACCAUGCACGUAUAAGAGAAUAUAUACGAACAAUAAUUAUGGUUUUGGUUUUCAAUGUGUGUGGAGAUCAUAUUGAAUUUGAAAUAAAUAGUAACACGAUAUUGAGAAAUUGAUUUCAAAUCACAUAGGAUAGUCAUGUUAUACAUGCAGUUUUAUUUUUAAUUUUUGUUAUGUAAUGUUUCAAUUAUGUAAUCGUUAAUUGAUAUAAUAUUGAUAUACUAUUCUAAUAUUGAUAUAUACUAUUCUAAUAUAUUUAUUGAUAUACUAUUCUAUUAUUUGGAAAAAUUAAUGAAAUCAAAUACACUGUUUUUAUUCUUAGACUUUAUCAACUAGCUGUGCAGACCGUCGAACACCAGUUUGUGAGUACAACCUACGUCCACGAAAAACAUUCUCUAAUCUGAAUAAAGGAAGUAACAUGCGUUCUCUCCCAGAUCCCAAGACCCUCUCUGACCUUAUCUUCAACUUAACACGAAGCACUACGCAGUAUUCAAAAGCCACAAGACUGUCAAAAACAGCAAGCCUUUCAUGCGACGAAGAAGAUUAAAUUAUUAAUCUUUUGUUUAUACUUUUAAGUCUGUUAAUAGUGUUAUAUAAUUAUAGUAUUAUGUACAAAUUUAUUUAGUAUUAUUUAUUAAUCCUGAGUGUGAGGUUGAUUAGAUUCACGGAAAAUGGCGGGUUCCGUUCUGCGUGACAUGAAUCACCAAAUUGAAGUGAAUAUAAAACGUAACAAAAAUAUAUACAUUUUUCUGUGAAAAUUUAAAUUAUUGUAUAUUUUUCUGUAACAAUUCAAUAUGACAAUAUGCGAGUUAACAGCUUAUACUUUUAUACUGGCAGACUUUAUAAAGAAUUGUAAAUAUACUCCUUUGCAAUAAGAACUAUAUACAGUAAGAUAAGGUUGGAUUUUACUUUGAUUACUCAACAUUUAUUGUGUUAUAUAUACUAAUUGCAGAACUCAGAUCGGGGUGGUAAUUCGCAUUGUAUAUAAUCAUUAUAAUAUAUAAUAUAAUAUAAUAUAAUGUGAUAUAAUUUUGAUAUAAUUUUGAUAUUAAGUGUGUUUUAGUAUGCACGAAAUGUUAGAGUGCUCGAUAUCAAAAUAGAGCAAAUAGUAUACUAUAUGUCUAUAUAGUAACCGUAUAGUAAUAGUUAGAGCUAUUCAUUCAUUGAAUUGAAUGGAACCGGCCGUGAUGGCAACUUUGCG